AUGGAAAUCAAUGGUAAACUGUGUAUGAUGGAGUUAGACACAGCUGCAGAUUUCUCAAUAAUGAGUAGAAGUGAAUAUCUAGAGAGGUUUGCAGACAAGCCUCUGUCUCCUUCUAAAGUAACACUUAAGACAUACACGGGUGAAUUACUUGAUGUGUCAGGGGAAAUGCAGUGUGACAUAGUGUAUAAGGGUAAACCAUACUCUCUACCCAUUCUUGUAGCCAAUUAUGAUGCAAAACCUACUUUACUUGGUAAAAACUGGCUGCGGCACAUUAAGUUUGAGUGGGGUGAGAUAUUUUGUAUUCCCAAGGGAGACCCUAGGAGUGCUGAUAGUCAACUAAAUGAGUUGCUAUCUAAACAUAGCGAAUUGUUUACUGAGGGUUACAAAGGUAUGACGGGCCUUGAGGCCCAUAUUACUAUGAGAGGCGAUGCAAAACCUGUAUUCGUGAAAGCGCGUAGGGUUCCAUACGCUUUAAAAGAGCAAGUCGAAAAAGAGUUAGACAAACUAGAAAGGCAUGGUGUGAUUAAGAAAGUUGACAGGUCACUUUGGGCUAGCCCAAUUGUGGUAGUGCCAAAGGCUGAUAACACUGUCAGAAUAUGUGGAGACUACAAAUCCACUAUCAAUCAGUCAGUUGAAAAUGAGCAAUAUGUUUUACCUACUACUCAGGAUUUGUAUGCUGCUCUGGUUGGCUCUAAGGUAUUUAGUAAGCUUGAUCUAUCACAUGCCUAUGCCCAGCUGAAUGUUGACAAAGAAAGUCAAGAGUACUUGACAAUUACCACUCAUAAAGGCCUUUAUUCCUACCAGAAAUUGCCCUAUGGGGUCAAGUCAUCCCAAAAAAUCUUUCAAGCAAAAAUGGAUCAAAUUCUUCAGGGAAUUGAAAAAUGUGUUUGUAAACAAGAUGACAUCUUGAUAGGGGGCAAUGACAGGCAAGAGAAUCUCAAGAUACUUGCUGAUGUGUUGGACAGGCUACACCAAUACAAUUUGCAUUUAAAACUGGCAAAAUGCGAGUUUUUGAAACCUGAAGUGGUUUAUCUAGGUCUGAGAAUAAGUGCCGAAGGCCUGCAACCGGUGGAGGAGAAGAUCAGUGCAGUGAAAAGAGCCCCAGCCCCAAAGAAUGUGAGUGAAUUAAGGUCCUUCCUGGGCAUGGUUCAGUAUUAUCGUUCCUUUUUGCCAGGGCUGGCUACAACCUUAGCACCUCUGCAUAGGCUUUUGCAGAAAAAUAUUCAAUGGGAAUGGACAGAUGACUGCCAGAAAGCUUUCGAGGCAUGCAAGGAGGGCCUCACCAGUGAGUCGCUGUUGAUCCACUAUGAUCUAAAUCGUGAGCUUAAGUUAGCUUGUGACGCAUCGAGUUAUGGUUUGGGGGCAGUGCUUAGUCAUGUAAUGGAAGAUGGUCAAGAAAGGCCAAUAGCAUAUGCGUCACGUACCCUCAGCUCAAGUGAGAAAUAUUAUGCUCAAAUUGAACGGGAGGCCUUGUCUAUUAUUUUCGGGGUAAAAAAAUUUAAUCAGUUUCUAUAUGGACGAAAGUUCACUUUAGUAACUGACCACCAGCCAUUGUUGGCUAUUUUGGGCCCAAAAGCUGCUAUACCCACACUUGCAGCUGCCCGUAUGCAGCGCUGGGCACUUGUCCUUUCAGCAUAUGACUAUAACAUUGAGUACAGGAGCUCCGAGAAGCACAGCAACUGUGACGCCCUCUCUAGAUUACCCCAUGAAGAGUCUAAGAUUGGCAGUGAGAGUGAGAUUUACAAUGUAAGUGCCAUUGACAAAGAUUUCCCUAUAACUGCAAAAGAGAUUGGGAAAGCUACAUUGAUGGAUCCAGGGUUAAGCAAGGUACUUGAUUGGGUCAUGGUGGGGUGGCCAGAGGUUUGUGAUGAAGAUUUAAAACCCUAUUACACCCGUCGACAUGAACUUUCCUGCGAACAAAAUUGCAUUCUCUGGGGUUCAAGGGUGAUCAUUCCCCCAGUAUUUAGGGAAAAGAUGUUGGAGGAGUUACAUUGGGAGCACCCAGGCAUUUGUGCAAUGAAAGCAAUAGCACGCACCUGUGUUUGGUGGCCCAAGAUGGAUGAGGAAAUUGAACAAAAGAUUAAACUAUGCUCAGUGUGUCAGGAUGUGCGGACCUCUCCACCUUGUGCCCCAUUGAUACCCUGGAAAUGGGCCACACGACCCUUUCAGCGUAUUCAUCUUGAUUUUUGUCAGAAAGGGAGUGAUUUUUUUUUGUGGUGGUUGAUAGUUUUUCAAAAUGGAUAG